GGAGGAUGAGCCACCGCCUGGGGCGUCGAGGCGGCGCCCCUUCCGCCAGGCCGCGGUGUCCAGUGGCUGCCUGGGCUGCAGCAUGGCUCUGCGUGGCGUCAGUUUGCUCGCUGGCGGCGGACGCAGCAGAUGUGGCUGGCCUGGUCUCUCUGUUGCUGCCCAGCUUCGACGGUGACGUGGACGCCACUUCUUGCCCGGACCUGUACCGGCGCUACAGCCGUCGGCACACUCAGUGCGUGCGGCCUCCGAAGUCGUGCCACCCGCUGCACGAGGGCGUCUCCGAGGCCGACCGGCAGCUCAUCGUGGACCAGCACAACGCCUUCCGCAACCGGCUCGCCUCGGGAGCCGAGGCCGCCAGCGGGUUGCCGGCGGCUGCGAACAUGAUGUACCUGGAGUGGAAUGAGGAACUGGCGACCGUCGCUCAGAAGUUGGCCAGCAUGUGCGCCGUCAAGCCGGACUGCGCGGACUGCAGGCGCGUCGAGAGUUUCACCGUGGGCCAAAACAUCUGCAACUACAAGAUCCGCUCCCGAACGGCGCCGCCGAUCUACUGGCGGUCGACCAUCGCCUACUGGUACGACGGCGUCAAGCAGUUCCCGCCGGCCGCCAUCUCGCCCUACAUCUACAGGCAGCACUACGGCACCUUCAGCCAGAUGGUGUGGGCCAAGACGUGGUCCAUCGGCUGUGGCUACUCGCUCUUCACAAGGAGACGCUGGUUCGUGCAGUCCUACGUCUGCAACUACGGUCCGGCCGGCAACUACCUGAAGAGCCGCGUGUAUCUGCCGGGAGAGCCGUGCACGCGAUGCGAGCCCGGAACCCGGUGUGUGGGAAACAGCAGCAGCAUCUUCGGAGGGCGCAACGAGUCAGCCUUCAGCUCUCUCUGCAAGUCAGAGACGGAAGCCGGCCCCCAGGUAACGCUACCGGCGGGUACCAUCUUCUACUGCAAUUUCCACACGCCUAGUCUCGACUGCCCGAUCAAGGAGGAGCCUUACGGAAGUUUCCAAGUGCGUCGACUAAUAGGCGGCGGUGGGUACCUGACCACGACCGUAGGUCAGAACGAAUCAGCGGCGGUGACUCUGGACCGAGUGUUGGCCGUGCCGGAUAAUGACACGGAGGCGUCGACCUGCCUACGCUUCCGAUUCCGCAAGGGCCCCUUCCGCGACGGCGCGGGAGGCUCCUCCCAACUGCACGUGCGGCUCUCGGUGCUCGACCGGAACGUGAUCAAGAGCAGCACGCUGACCCGGCACUACUCGCACUGGACACCGUACAGCAUAACCAUCACCCGACCCAUCCAGGUGCAGGUGAGCGAGGCGACGCACGCCGAUGUGCCCACGUCCAUGUGCGGUACCUAUCAUGAGCACAAUACUAUACUAUACACUGCAGCCUCUCGAAGACCUUUCAAAGUGUGCGGCAGUGGCCGCCUUCAUUCUGUCGUUCAUCUCAACUCCUUAGCGCUGUUUAAACAGCACUUUUUUAUAAUUAACUGUGGAACGCUUAUGCGCUCUAUAUACGCACACGGGCGAUGAACAUGGGUUCUUGUGGCCUGUGCUAUUGUGCGUAUUCUUUUAAAGCGAAUAGGUUUCUCUGGAUUUUUCGCCCGUUUUUGUUGUGGUCGGAGUUUCACCGCCGAUCCAAAGGUGCCGAUGCAGACGACGCGUCCGUCCCGCAACCUCGGUUGCGUCCCUCUUUCUGCUCUCCCCCUCUGUGGCGGCAGACUGAGAGUAGUGUUCCUUUAUAUGCUACAGGAGAAGGCUCCGGCGAUGAGAGAGGGUGAUUAGCCUUCCAGGCCGGCGCUCGCGCCGCUGGAGACAACGCACAUUACAAAUGAAAAUGAAAUUAUUCAUAACCACGAUACGAUUGUGAAUCACGGCGUAAUGGGAAGUAGGUCCAGAUCAAUUUGUAUCGCCUAUAAACGUACACCUAAAUAUAAGUACACCAGCGUUUCCUUCUUUUUUUUUCAUUUGGCACCCAUCGAAAUGCGGCCGCCGCAGCCGAAAAUCACAAUGGUGACCUCGCCACAAGACAUAUAUGAUUAAUCGGCCGAUAUGUAUAACCACCUAUAUACUACCGCGACAGUUAUGAUGAAUGACAGCUGUUUUCAAAGGAUAAUUGUGCAAUGAAACAAAAGAAAAGCUACCUAAACAUCUUUUCUGCAACAAAUAUACCUGUUUCCCUGUCCUUUUAUUCCCCACCCUCCCCCCUACCGCUGCUGGCGUCAACAGACUAUGCUAUACAGUUAGUUUGUGAGCAUCAAUUUUAUUAAGAAAAAACCAGCCAUAAAAAUAC